AGAACGUUUGAUGGAAUUGGACGGCCUAUGCAGAGCAGUUGGAAUCUGGUGCGUUUACCCUUGAAAUAUCUGGGGUAGCAGAGCGCCUUGCGGAAAUUCGUCACUGGGUCCGUGACUGUGGAAUGAUGCUUGGUCAAGUUCUCUCGCUGGUCUGUUUGGCUAUUCUGCUUCAGGUUUCCCGCUCUGCCGUUGUCAGUGGUAGGGUAGACUCUAUAACACUAGACAUUGCAUUGUCAGAUGUGUUGGGACGGCAGGCAUCUGCAGGAAGUGUGCCCACUGGAUUGCUAUCUACGUCAGCAUCAGCCACAGCGACAAGUCUCAGUUCUUCACCCCAAUCGAGUGCUACAUCAACGUGGGACUCAUCGUCGAGUCUCUCCCCCUCCAGUACCAAUGCUUUCCCAUCAUCUUCAGCGUCAUUUGGUACUGCAUCCUCAUCGUCAUCUUCCUCCGCCCCCAUCACUACCUCUACCCCGAUAACUGUCUCUUCCUCGGCAUCGGGACACUCUUCCACUGCCGGCUCUGCCACCUCGAGUACAUUUGCGCCAACGCCUCUUCCGUCUGCUAUUGCGCCUUCCCCAAUUACAGUUACGGCCAUCGAACCACCCACUCUGUACACAAACCGUGGUCGACAAAAUAUUAUACUUUCAGGAAAUGGCUUUUCGAUCUUGCGAGCGGCCGAGUUCUCUGUCAGUUUCACAAAUAUCACCAUUCCAGCUGGAGCAACCACCGUGACAACUUUGUCAGAUUCAGUUGUCGCAGUCACCGUCGAUACCGAUGCCAUUAGCUUAAAUGGCGACGUGUACCGUAACGGCUCCCUCAUUAUCUCCAUUAGAGGAGCCGCCGACACCGUAAGGGAUGUGCGGUGGGUGGAUCCCGUGAAGUCAAUAGCAACGAUAGUUUCGCCGAGCAAGGUGACCAUUGGAGUGGGCAGCCCAGUGCAUAUAACAGGAAUCAAUUUGCUCCCCCCAGUAGGGCAAGCACUUUGCGUGUUUAAUGCCACCAGAAUAUCAGCAACAAACGCUACGUAUGAUAACGGAACCUAUACCUGCCUUGCCCCUGAUAUGUAUGGAAGCGGUAUCCUGGAAGUGAAUCUUCUCUACUAUACACCUCAGCGGGAUCUCUCGUCUUUUGGCGGCAGAAACUCUACCGACUAUAACCGGCCAACUGACUAUGUCAGUACUGUAGUUGGGCAACCCCUAUUGCUGUAUUACCGUGCCGGUCCUCCAAAGGUCAUCUAUGCUCGUUUUACUAUAACCGGAGCAAUCGAGUUUCGGUAUGAUCGGCCGGUGACAGUGUACGACGCAAAUCUCUUCGCAGUGGAUCCCAAAGCCAGUCAUUCCACCUUGAUUAGUGCUCUAAACGGUCGGGAAACCUUUACUUGUGAAAAGAUGUUCCUGAAUCCUAAUGGAGGGACAGGACGCUUGUGGGUCACCCAAGCAAAUGCAGAAUGUUAUAUCCAGCGAAUGGAUGCAAGGACUUUUAGGAUUAUCAUUGGUGCGAGUGAAGCCCAGAAGAUAAUUGAAGCUGGCCUUUCCCCAGUGGUGGCAGGUGACUCGCUGUCACUAAAGCCAGGUGCAGUGUGGACAGCAGGUGAGGAGCUGAGCGAGACAGGGACGGGGUCUACCAUCGUUGAGGGAAUUCUUUCGCCGAACCGCAUCGUGCGUCCUACCGUACUUGUUAAGGCACCGCAAAUCAUUGGCAGCUGCUCUGAUGUGACUUUUGAUCUGUCGAGGUCGAUGGGAUCGGCUGGACGUAAUUUCAAUCAAAGCACUUUCAGUGUCGCCCCCGCUGUAGAUUCACUGCAAGCAGAGCUGACCGCGUUUGCCAAAGCUUUCAUUUUGCGUAAUGAGCUGGUGUACACUAUUGCGGCAUCCAAAAUCCCUGUUGGAAGAUACCAAUUCACCUUUACCUUAAGGAACUUCCUUGGAGGAGUUGGAACGUCGACCUUCAUAUUAGAGAAAUUUGACCGGCGAGAUAUUCCUUAUGUUACUAUAACGGGUCCGGCCAACGAUGCUCCAUUGGACCAGUUGCACACUAUAACGGCCGAGGUUGCUGCGACAUGUGGAGCUCUCCGACCAGUGAGUUUUCAAUGGGAAUCGCAAGACGUACUCAUUUCUACGGCAAAUGGCACAAUGGUUACAAUGGAAGCGUAUUCUUUGAGUCAUCAAAGUCGAUACUCCUUUAUAGCUCGUGCUAAGUUCACGGAUGAACCUAGUCCAACGCUGUGGACGUUGAAUUACACGUUUACGACAGAGCUGGAUCGAGUCAUGCCAGUUACCAUCACAGAGGUGUUAGCCGGUGGUGGAACGAAUAAGAAUGCUUCUCAGUCUCCAUUGCUUCUAUCAACGACACUUUUUGACAGUGGCUAUCCGCCCAGUAAUGUCAACAUCUCUGACUUUACUUGUAUAUGGAAUUGCACCCGAGUGGGAGAACCUUUCGGGACUCCAUGCAUCAAAGAAGAGACAGGGCAAGGAGCUUCUAUUCCCGCCAUCUGUACUGGUGCCGAUAUCACUGGCUACUUAGAUACAGGAAGAUAUGCUUUUACUUUAGAGACCGUACGGAUCGGUACUGGAGCUAUCAGCUCGACAGACGAGAGUGGAGCACCAAUGUUCGUCGAUGUAAUCGACCAGUGGAUCCCGCUAGUUACCGUUACCCCAAAUAUGCCAUACCCUUCGCGCUGGGACUUGUACGAGCUACGCGCAGGCGUCAACCCAAUCUCUGUUCUCAAUGGUGUUGACAAGGUGAGGUAUUCUUGGUUUUCCAACGAAUCUUGUCACGGAGACAUCUUCUCCACGGUAGACGUGGCGGACACGUCCAAGGUGCAAUGGCAGCCAGGUGCACCAACCCUCCGUUUCCUGCCACAAACCCUGCUAGCGGCUGGAAAGUAUUGCUUCACUGUGUUCGCGAAUGAUACGGCACGGAACGCUAUUGGUCAAGCGUCUAUAGUGGUGUCUGUUCGGGAAGCACCGUUUGCUGGAUACUGUUCUUUGAAUGCUACCGAUGGACUCGCCUAUCAGUCGGUAUUCAGGAUAAGUUGCGCUGGGUGGGUCACGGAUCCUCAAUCGAAUCCCCUGUUCUACACCUAUUGGAUUCGAAAAGUCGGUGACAUACCCUGGAGCAAUUUGGGCCCACGCUCACAAUUUUCCGUGCUCGACACGGUGCUCGCGGAGGGAACAUAUGAAGUUACAGUCAACGUUACAGAUGCUGCAGGCUCUGUUGGUGCUCUACAACCCGUCUACAGGCUGACGGUCAGACCUCGCCUCACUAGGCGACAGGUGCAGCCAAUUUCAGAACCCGCCGUCACGGCCUUCGCCUUUCUGAACGCUUCUAUAGAGAGCUAUCUAGCCACCUCCGACUACCGAACAGCUCAAACCAACCUUGUUGUGGCUAUUCAAGAUCUGAGCCCAGAGUUGCUGAAUACUGCGUACCACGAUACUCUCCUCACAUUUUUUGGCUACCUUCUCAACUCUGGAAGCAUUUACAUGGACGCCCAAUCUGGAGGCCCUUAUAUGUUGCACGCGCUGCAAUCCAUGACAAUGGACUGUUACAAUCUUACGACGAAUAUUACUACCAGGCUACUGAGUUCUUUGAAUGCCGUUAUGACACAGAUUGACGAGACCACCCGAGGGGCGGGAAACUGUGUUGGAAGCGCAGCUACGAAUGAUGCAAUGAAGGUUUUGGAUGCAGUGAUGGGCUCACUAACACAUCAUCCAGAUGAAGGGGAUUAUAGAAUUAUCACACAGCUGGAUGGAAUCAUGAAGAGGAUUGAAAGCUGUGUGUAUCGAACGUUAACGUGUGGUGGACCUGUUUUCACCGUCGAUCAACAAUUUGUAAACAAAACGGUGGGAAUCGCUCAAGUCGAUCCUUCUACUGGCCAUUUGGACUUCUGCGGGCGGUUCAACCUUCCUGCCUCAGCUAGUCCGGUUAGCAGUGGUUCUUGUCUCAAGUUCAGCUGUGCCGUAGUAAAUAGUAAUGCGCUCACAUCAUCAGUGGGCACAGCUGCCAUGGCGGGUCUUGGAAGCAACCUCACUAGCUUAUCGUUGUACGGAAGCACGCCCAUGGUGCCCUUGAAUAUCUCACUGCCAGACCAAAGCAUUAAUAUUACUCUUGGUGUCGAUCGUGAGAUUCUCGCUCGGCAGCAGGCGCAGCCUGGAUCAUCACUUGUUUGUGCAUGGUUUGACUAUGUGAAAGAUGGAGGGCGAUGGUCGACAGACGGAUGCACCUUGGCCGCAUUGAAUGAGACAACCUUGACAGGUGUUUGCCAGUGCAGCCACCUGACGGACUUUGUAAUAGACCUUCAAAAUCCAGGUGGAAGUACCCCACUUGUCCAGCCAUCGAUACCAACUCCAACGUCAACGUCUACCACGUCGCCUGACGACAUGAAACCACCGAUUGCCGAACCUCAAGGAGCACCGACACCAUCUGCAUCUUCAACUGAGAGCGUGCUAGCAGGCCCUCCCCAAGAUCAAGUGUCUAGCAACUCUGGUAAAAUAGCAGGAGCAGUUGUGGGGUCGACAGCAGCCGUAGCUCUCCUUGCCGGUCUAUUAUUUUGGUACCGUCGCAAUCAUAACCACAAGUGGUGGACAUUCCAGGGCCUUCCCAGAGCAAUCCCACCUCCGCAGCAGCCGCUCCCAACAUCUCUCCCCCGUCAACCGCUACCAAUGGCCGUUCCUGGCCCACCUCGCGCAUACGGUUUCAGAGAAGCACGACGUGAGGAGUUGCCCGAAUACGUGUUUCCGCCGACGUGGCAGGAGCAUUUGGAAAAUGUUGGCCAGGCUGGGGGGAGUACAGAGAGGCUACACACAGGAGGUUGAGAUGGGUAUGUAGAUGCUGGUGAACGAGAAUGGGCACUUUGAAUAUAUAUAUCAAUAAAUUGGAUUUUGUGAC